AACUUCAACUUCAACUUCGCACACUGUUUACAUAAAUUUGAGAUUUUCGUUCAGAAGCACAAGCUGGAAAACAAACUUUCAUCCCUUUCUUCGAGAGUUUGAAGAGUUUUAGUUGAAUUUCGAAAUCAAACGGAGGGAAUUCGAGAUUUCUAGGACAUUUCUAAUCAUUUAAUAAUUAUUGUGAAUGUAAACAGCAGUUAAUAUUCCGGCAAAAUUGAAACAGAUUAAAUGACAGAAACUUUAAAAAAAAAAGUUAUGAAAGGAAAGAAGAAAGCAGUUGAAGUGACUACCUUCUCAUUAGUUGAUGAUACUGAACCAAAAGAGGAAAAAAUGGAUGUAGAUACAGAAACUAUCAAAGCUGUGGAUGAGGGAAAAGAAUAUAUCAAACCUUUGGUGUUGAAAGUUGAACCAGAAUGUGAAGAUUUAGUUAAACUUGUAGUAGAGGGUAUUGAAACUGGAAAUGAUGAUGAUGAAGAAUUUGUCAUAAUGACACCAGAGGAAAUACGUGACUUUCUGGAACAGAAGAUAUCUGAACAGGUCCGAGAUCCUGAAAUAAACCCUUUGCUGGAAUUACAAAAACGUUCGCAAGACCUUUUAGAUGAAAUUAAAUGCAAAGCUGAAGAAAUAUCUACAGUAGGAAAAUCAUUAGAUACAAUGUACAAACAUCAGGUAAAAUUCCUCCGACAUGUGGACGUUUUCCCAAAGAUGCCAGCUAACAAUGUUUCUGUUUCUGUUGAUUUGCCUCUUCUGAUGGAUUCUGUACCCCUUGGAUCUACUUACAAAGCACCAGGUGAAGAAGCUGUUAUUAAUAUAGAUUUAACUGAUGCUAAAAUUAUGAGUCCUUCAGUUUCAAAAACUGCCCCUGGCCACUACAGUGAAGAAGCUGUUAUUAACAAAGAUUUAAAUGAUGCUAAAAUAAUGAUUCCUUCAGUUUCAAAAACUGCCCCUGGUGCUACUCCUGUCACUCCAAAUUCUACUCCUACUGUUCCAAGUGCUAUUUCUAUUACCCCUAUUGUUCCAAAUGCCAAUACUACAACUUCUGCUGUUCCAAAUACCAGUGCAACUGCUUCUGCUGUUCCAAAUACCAGUGCAACUGCUUCUGCUGUUCCAAAAACCCCUACUUCAAAUUUAACUACUACAGUGAAAAGCUUGCCAAAGUUAUCUCCAAAACCAACUGGUGCCAUCGAAUGUAUUGAUUUAACAGAUGAUGCACCUUCUGCAGUUGUGAAGCCAGUUACAAAUUCUUCUCCCUUAGCUUCUAUAUCUUUGGUUAAGCAUCCUGCACCUUUACCACCGAGACCAUUUUCUACUCCCAACAGUGUUCUUCCAAAUGUUCCACCUAAGCCUCGUCUCAAAGUAUCAACAGAGGAGAGAGGUAUAGUCCUUCAGUGGGAUAUGCCUCCAUCCUAUUCACCAAUAGCAGCUGCAGCUUAUUCAAAGUUGAAAGCUUUUGAGAUAUUUGGCUACCAAGAGCAGAAGAACAUUGUCAUCAAUACUCUGCUCUGGAAGAAGAUUGGAUCGGUGAAGGCCAUGAGUCUGCCCAUGGCUUGCACUCUCACACAGUUUGUGGAAGGUCAGAAAUAUCAUUUUGCAAUCAGAGCUGUAGAUAUACAUGAUCGAUUUGGAGCCUACAGUGAUCCCAUCAGUAUUGUUUAUAAACCAGUGUAAAGAAGGCAAUAGGGAUCAUUUUUAUGGAUCAUACGCUCAUCUUUUUAAAAUACAUGUUCAAUUUGUCUUUGUAUCAUUGUAAAAUAAAAAUGGAAAAUAAAUAACAUUAUGAAAGAAA